GGCUCUCGAGAGCCGGACCUCGCCGGCCCUGGCUGGGACCAUGGUGUUUCUCUCUGGAAAUGCCUCCGACAGUUCCAACUGCACCCACCCGCCCGCACCGGUGAACAUAUCCAAGGCCAUUCUGCUCGGGGUGAUCUUGGGGGGCCUCAUCAUUUUCGGUGUGCUGGGCAACAUCCUCGUGAUCCUCUCCGUGGCCUGCCACCGGCAUCUGCACUCGGUCACUCACUACUACAUCGUCAACCUGGCGGUGGCCGACCUCCUGCUCACCUCCACCGUGCUGCCCUUCUCAGCUAUCUUCGAGAUCCUGGGCUACUGGGCCUUUGGCAGGGUCUUCUGCAAUAUCUGGGCGGCGGUGGACGUCCUGUGCUGCACCGCAUCCAUCAUGGGACUCUGCAUCAUCUCCAUCGACCGCUAUAUAGGUGUGAGCUACCCACUGCGCUACCCCACCAUCGUCACCCAGAAGAGGGGUCUCAUGGCUCUGCUCUGUGUCUGGGCGCUCUCCCUCGUCAUCUCCAUCGGGCCUCUCUUUGGCUGGAGGCAGCCGGCCCCGGAGGACGAGACCAUCUGCCAGAUCACCGAGGAGCCCGGCUACGUGCUCUUCUCCGCGCUGGGCUCCUUCUACGUGCCACUGACCAUCAUCCUGGUCAUGUACUGCCGGGUCUAUGUGGUGGCCAAGAGGGAAAGCAGGGGCCUCAAGUCUGGCCUCAAGACCGACAAGUCGGACUCGGAGCAGGUGACGCUCCGCAUCCAUCGGAAAAAUGUCCCCGUAGGAGGCACCGGGGUGUCCAGCGCCAAGAACAAGACGCACUUCUCCGUGAGGCUCCUCAAGUUUUCCCGGGAGAAGAAAGCGGCCAAAACACUGGGCAUCGUGGUCGGCUGCUUCGUCCUCUGCUGGCUGCCUUUUUUCUUGGUGAUGCCCAUUGGGUCUUUCUUCCCUGAUUUCAAGCCCUCAGAAACAGUUUUUAAAAUAGCAUUUUGGCUCGGAUACCUAAACAGCUGCAUCAACCCCAUUAUAUACCCGUGCUCCAGUCAAGAGUUUAAAAAGGCCUUCCAGAAUGUCCUGAGAAUCCAGUGUCUCCGCAGAAAGCAGUCUAAACAUACCCCAGGCUAUACCCUGCACCCUCCCAGCCACGCCGUGGAGGGGCAGCACAAGGACCUGGUGCGCAUCCCAGUGGGAUCAGGAGAGACCUUCUAUAAGAUCUCCAAGACGGAUGGGGUCUGUGAAUGGAAAUUUUUCUCUUCAGUGCCCCGUGAAUCUGCCAGGAGUACAGUGUCCAAAGACCAGUCAGCCUGCACCACAGCCCGGGUGAGAAGUAAAAGCUUUUUGCAGGUGUGCUGCUGUGUGGGGCCCUCAACCCCCAGCCAUGGAGAGACCCACCAAGUUCCAACCAUUAAGAUCCACACCAUCUCCCUCAGUGAACAUGGGGAGGAAGUCUAGAGGACA